AUGGGUGCUCCACAUCCCAAAGAAGUCGUGACAGACGCUUCACGAGCUUUAUUAACUGCUGUUAUAAAAGAAUAUACGUGUUACCCAACUAUCGAGCAAUAUGCUGAUGCUUGUCGAAAUACAGUCCCACGUUGUUACAUACGUAUUGACGUGGCUCAUUUCAUCAAAACAUAUUCUAAUGCUCUAAAAUCUACCUUAAGACCAGUUCGGACAUUUUAUCUUGCAGUUAUUGGACAACUUGUAUUAUGUCGUCAAAUAGAAGAUGCGAGAAAAAUUUUGAAAGCACUUUUCGUUAUUUCACAGUGCGAAUUAGAGGGUAAUCUGGAAGGAUCACGCACCAAAUCUGAUUGUGAGACACAGAAACAAUUUCUAGAACAUCUUAUCACUGGAAAAGAAAUGACAUAUGACGAGGAAGAAUAUAAUAAUGAAAAAUCUAUUCCAAAAUUGAAAUUUGACGAAGACGAACAAACGGAAAUAUCUUCAAAUUGGUGGUCAAAAUGGGGAGAAGAAAUAAAUUAUGAAAUUCAGGAUAGUAUUUCUCAAAAGGGCACUCGAGCUAAUGCACAUUACGCACCUCAUAUAACCAAUAAAUUAUUACGUGAUAUUAGUACAAUACCUUUAUGGAGUAACAUAUAUACAGACAAAUUUGGGUAUGGACGUAUACCAGCAUCAAGUGCUUCAGUUGAAGGUGAAUUCAACAAAUUAAAAAAUUUAGUCAUAAAUAAGCCUUUAAGAGUAGAUAAAUUUGUUGAAGAACACAUUAAAUAUUUAAUUGGACGCGUUAUAAUAGCAGAUGCCGACAUACAACCGAGAAAAAUCAAUUUGUCAACUAAUAUUAAGUCAUCUACUUAUUCUCGUGAUAGUCUCAAAGAUGAACAUCAUGAAUUUCAAGACACUUCAAAUUUUACUCAAAAAGAUAUGAGUCUACUAGAAAAUACUGAGAAAGAAUUAAAUCUCAUUAAAACUGAAGAUGUCAGUUCCACGUCAUUUUCAAAACAGUCACGGAUUUCAGAUUCAAUUGAUUGUGAACCAAAUAUGCCUCAGAUUUUGAACGAAAUCUGUUUGAACAAUAUAGAAAAGAAAACUAAUCUCGAUUUAACUGAUAGUGAUUUAUCCAUAAAUGAUCAUACUUACAAGGAAUAUGACAAUUUAUAUAUGUCAGACAAGGAAAAUAAAAGAUUACUUUCAAUAUCUGCAAAUAAUAAAGCUGAUGUCAUUUUUAUUGCUGGUCACGUUGAUUUUACUGACAGAGAAUAUAUAAAUAAAACGGUUAAAGCUAUAAUUAUUGAUCCCGAAAAACUUUCUGAAAAUCUAGCAAUUUUGAUAAGGAGCAUACAAAAAAAUCUGGAGGAGAUAACAAGUUAUAAAACUGUAUGUGGAAUACGAAACAAGACGUUAAUCAUUAAUUUGCCCGGCAUGGACGACAAUGUUUGCAUUGCAGCAAUUGCAGAUAUACUGAUAAAUACAUUGCAUUUAAUACGCAAGAAAGAUGAGAACAAAGAGUCGCUACUUGCGAGAUCUGCCAAUGCAGAUUUUCUCGAUUCUUCCGAUAAUAAUGUUUCAGAGCAGGAAUGGAUGCCUCUAAUUUCUUUAGAUGAGGCACUAAUAAUAUUCAGAGAUAUAUCCACAACAAGUAUAAUUAAAGAUAAUGAAUCGGUAAAAAUAAGUGAUGCUUAUGGUAGAAUAUUACUUGAGAAUAUUUAUUCGAAAUAUAACGUGCCAUCAUUUAGAACUUCCAAAAAGCACGGGUAUGCAGUGUUGGUAUCUGAUGGAAAAGGAAUGAGACAAGUAUUGAACAAUAAUAAUACAUUUCCUCCGAUUUCGCUUCAAUGUGGAACAUGCGUAUGGGUGAAGAGUGGAGCGCCUGUUCCUAAUGAAGCAACAGCGGUUAUAGAAGAGAAAAAUACAAAACGAAUUAGACCUCAUCUAGACAACGACAAAGUGUAUAUUGAAAUAAUGAGUAUACCACGACAUGGGCAAAACAUUAAUCCCAUUGGUUACCACACAAUGAAAGAAAAACUUAUCUUAAAACAAUACACACGUAUUGGCCCAGAAGAGAUGGGAGUCUUGGCAGCUUCUGGCCAUAAAGAAGUUGUAGUUGCUCAGCAGUUGUCUAUAGGUGUAUUAUCUAUCGGUAAUAACUUAGAAGAACCCGGAAAACCUCUAAAAUCAGGAUACAUCUACGAUAUUAGUAAAAUAACUAUAAUUUCACUACUAAAAGAUAACGAUUUCUCUUCUUCAGAUUUUGGAAUCGUGAAUAAUACAUCAUCAUCCAUAAUUAAGAAUAUCGAGAAAGCUCUAGAUAAAGUAGAUAUACUUGUGACAUUAGGCUCUGCUAAUGACAAAGAUUUAUUGAAGAAAAUCUUACUAACAUGCUUUGAAGCCGAAAUACAUUUUGGUAAUGUAAAUAUAAAACCAGGGAAGUCAACCACACUAGCUACAUGCAAGAUCAAUGAUAAAAUAAAAUAUUUCUUGUGUUUGUCGGGAAAUCCGGUAACUGCUUUCAUUGCCGCGCAAGUACUCCUUUUGCCUUUUCUAAGAAAGAUGUCUUGCAAUGAAUACGCGGAAACUCCUGUAUUACCAAUUCAUGUAAAUAUUCCAUUUAUUCUACAUCAUCGUCCUAGACUUGCGUGUACAUAUUUGAAGUGGUCUAAAGAUAAUGUAGCAAUGGCUUGUAACAUGGGUAAUCUUUUCAAGGAUAAACUAUGUAACAUUGUAGGUUCAAACGCACUUUUGAUGUUACCAGAAAGUGAGAACAAAGAGAAAGCAAUAUUUAACGAUGAAAAAAUACCAGGUUUACUUAUUGACUAUCCACGAACUUUCAAUCUAAAAAAGGAUUAA